GCGAAUUUUAUUGUGAACGUGCUGAAAACGAAAGUGCACGAUAUGAAUUUUAACUUUUGAUUUGAGAAAGCUCUAAGCAUUACUCGUUGAGUUUUUGAAAACAGAACAAAAAAAACAAUUCUUAUCUCUAACUCAAUGUGAUCUCAAACACUUAAUAUUUUCAAAAUUACCAUUGAAUUAUGUCAUCAUUGGAUUAUGUUGAAAAUGAUUCCGAGUUUUUCAAUCCGGAACAGGAGGCCGACAGCGCUCUUCAAGCGACACUCAACAAAGCUUACCACAUGUCUUCUAAUUUCUACAAACGAUUCCGAGACAAACUAGACAUUCAGCAGUUGUUCAGCUGCCAACACCACUCGUGGCUGCUCAACCAAUCAGAACUGAAGACGAACUUCAACGCACCACUCGGAUUGGCAAGCGAAACUAAACUAACUGAUAGUUAUAAUGAGUUCCUUCUUCUCGUGCCCCAAAAAGAAGACUACCCUCAUUUGGACUUCCGAGAGGUGCACCAGAUAGUACGUGAACUGACAAUCGGGAUGUUUGUGUUCAACCAGACCCCAAACAUCUCCCUUCUCUCAAACUUCGACAAGAGCACGUCAGUCUCAAUAUCCUCGCCCUACGUUGACACUCUAAUCGGCCAAGCUCUGGCUGCUGUGGAUUAUGAACUGAAAACAAUCUGGCAUGGGUCCCAUUUUGACAACAAAGAAAGUCGUCAGAAGUUUAAUGACAGGUGGAGAACGCUGGUCCAUUUGACAGCUGCUGGAGUUCCCAGGGAAAAGCUGGAUUUCCAGAAGAUUUUCACGACUCCUAGUGAAUCUACAGGAAACGGAAUAAAAGACAAGUCAUCUGUUCCCGUCUACGAGCACCUGUACGACAAUCCUCCUGUCUGCACCGACGAUGACAUGAAGCUGUUCAUGGAACACGAGGAAAGCUAUCUCAUGUACGGAAAAAUGCGCGUCUCUAAAGUAGAAACCUUCAAAAACCUGAUUUUGACCACUCCUGUUUUUGACGUGAACACAAUUGUCGAAGACCCUGACAUGUCAUUUGAGGUGUAUAAUCAAAUUCAAAGUCGAUUACGUCAUCAAGCGGAAGUUUCCCAGAUUGCGCUCGCGAAACGACUUGAAAUUCGGCGACAUUUGAUGUACCUGGAUUUAGUUGCAAGUCUGAUACCUCUUUUCACAGCUCUGAAGAAAAUUGGAAAAAUUAUCGACUUAAACCGGCUUUUGUCGAUAACAAACUUCGGAAGUUCUGAUGAAAUGAGAACUGACAAAGAGUUUCCACCUCAUAUUUUGGGUAAAAAUUUUAAAUGCAAGCACUUCAAUUUCAAAGACGACUAUUUUGGGCUGAAUGGUCGUAUGGGGUUUGACCCUGAAACGAAACCUGUUGAAAACUCCGAAGAUAAAUUGAGUUCAAGUUACGAAGAUUUGAUGAAAAAAGCAAAAAAGAACUUGGACGAACUUUUGGAGAACACGAACAUAUACGCUGACUCGUAUCCGGUACCUGUUCACACUGUGAAUGAACAAUACGUGAACUUAAUUCUGCUCGAAGCUGAGCCAUUCAGUACUGCAAACGGAACUGUGAAACCCAUUUGGGUGCAGAUCAUGUUAGAAGAAAAGGCAAAAAUUGAAGAAAAGAACGCAAAUGUCAAAGAUGAUGAAGUGAAAGAGUUUUUCAAGCGGAAAUACGGCUUCCAAAAAGCGAUGAAAUUGAUGAUUCCUUUCAACGGAGUUCGUGUAGCCGCUGAGUUAGGCUUAAUGACCGCUUUUCAACUAUUCAUCGAAAAAGGCAGCUCAAUAAUGCUUGUUAAAGAAGAUGAAAAAGGGCUGUCGCUGUUACACCUAGCAGCUAUCAAAAACCAAGUCAGUAUAUUGACUUACAUUCUAGGAAAAGGAGUAGACAUUGACGUUAGAAGAUAUCAGCAUUUUCAGAAACAAAAUGGCCCAACGGCUAUGCAUUUUGCAUGUAAACACGGCAGCAAUGAAAUUGUCGACUGCCUGCUCGCAGCCAAAGCAAAAGUGAACAUCCGCGAUUCUAACGGUUGGUAUGCCAUACACUGUGCUUCUUAUUACGACCAUCCGACAAUUCUUGAAAAGUUUCUAGCUCGUGAUGCUUCCCAAAUUGAUAUGGUGACCCAGAAUAAAAGCAAAGAAACGCCUUUGCAGCUAGCUGCAUCAUCGGGGGCUUUGAAAACAACCAAAAUUUUGCUCAAAAAUGGCGCCUCUUAUACAAAAACAACAACAAAAGGUGAUAACGUCAUUCAUUUGGCGGCUCUUAACGGACAUAACAACAUAGUUAAAUUUUACAUUGAAGAAAACUAUGAAGAUUUGCCUGUUUGGACUAUUUUGGUUGAAAUGAUAAACGAUUCCGAUACAGACAAAAUUGCUGCAUCUCUGAAAGUACUUGAGUUUUUAUCAACAGCCGAGGAUCAUUAUUGGAAACGAAUGCUAGAAGCUAAAGCUAUUCCAGCAUUAGUAAACCAAAUGCACUCGCAAAACGUAGACUUGAUUGCUCUAUCUUGCUCAAUUGUAAACAAUAUUUCCAGGCACCAUGACACCCGAGUUGCGCUGAGCGAAGCGAACUCGAUCUCCAUUCUGAUAAAGCUUCUCGGAUCUCAGGAGCCCGAUAUCCAAUCACGUUCGGCAAUCAUUCAAACAGACUUAGCCGAUCUUUCAAAAGAAGUCAGUGACGAAAUGCGAGAAAAAGGCGUAAUUGAAAAAAUGUUUGAAGUCUUGGACGAAGGAACGGUUGAAGAUGUUCUGAUAAACGUAAUGAUGAUGACGGUUCCUCUCUGUAAAGAAAACCCAGAUAACCAGUCUGCUUUUAUGGACAAUCGGAUUGACAUGAUCCAUUUGGAUCUCCUCGCAACUGAUUCUGAAGAUGUCAGAUCUGCUGCCGCAAACUCAGUCGCCGCGACUGUUCUGAACCACCGCGACAACCAAUGCGCUUUAGUGUACGCAGGAGUAUUGCCGCCGUUAAUGGACCUAAUGAAGGUCCGCAAUCUGCAGGUCCAAAUAGCAGGAGCUGGAGCUCUGGAAGCUCUGGCAACUAAUAACCCAGAUACACAAGCUAUUAUACUAGCACACGAUGGAUAUGUGCCGUUGAUAAAACUUCUUAAAGUUUGGUCCAUAAAAGUGAAAGAACAAGCUGCCUUCGCUCUUUGGGCAUUGGCUGGGCAAGCUUUGAUGCAACAGAAAACAGUUGCAGACGCUAUUGCGAUUCCUCAAAUCAUUGACAUGAUUCUUCUUCCUUCGGAUAAACUCAAAUACGUCGGAUCUCUUUGCUUAGAUUCGUACAGUCGAAAUGACGUUACAAUUCAGAACAAACUAGUUCAACAGAGCGCCAUCCCACCGUUAGUUCGACUGCUCAGAGCACCGAAGCUUACCCGAGACGUGCAUUUAGCAUGCAUUAAAGCUAUUGGCACUCUGUGCGUCGGAGUCGCAAACCGAAACAACGUAGUUACCCAAACAAAACUGGCUGACGAAUCGGCUAUUUCGUUGGUGUUAUCAUGCCUGGCGGAUCACAAAAAGGACGUCAUUAUGCGAGUCGAAUCCGCCUACACGUUGUCCAAAUUAGUUUUGAACAACAGCAAAAACUUAGAAAUGUUGAAGUCGUGUAAGAAGUUCAGUUAUUCGGAAGUUUUGGGAUUCAUGAACGAUCGGGAUAUGUCAGUAGCAAAGAUUGCGGGUUUGGCCAUUUCUACUUUUGCUUUUAACAACACAAAAGAACAAUUUGCAAUCAAAAACGCUGGCGGUGUGUCGAUGAAGCAUUUCCAGAAAUUUUUGGAUCACCCCGACCAAACAUUCCAAGCUACAGGUGCGUUUCUGACUGCUGUUUUGGCUAAACUGAUUGUCGACAGAGACCAAAUUAGCCUAACAAGCCAUUCGGUUAAUCUGCUAUCUGAACUGCUCAAAUCAAGGAAUGAACAGGCUGUGAUCAAGUCUUCGGGAUAUAUUGCGAGUCUGUGUCACACGAGAGCAGGUAUCCCCCAAGUCUUCGUGACCUUGGGAGUCGUCGAACAAUGCGUGAAAAACUUGCAAUCAACUUCAAAUCUAGAGGUCAAAAGAGCGUCUGCAAAUGCUUUGGGUUAUUUGACAUUCAACGCAUUAGCGUCAAGAGUUCUCUUCGCCACAUGUAGAGCACGUCCGAUGCUGUUCACGGAACUAAUGGAGAAUCUCGAAGCCGACGCUAAAAUAGCCGAAAAGUUUGUCGAGAACUUCAACAUGGAAAUGUCUACAGGAUGUCCAAUGCACCAUUUAGAGGUCAUGGGAGGUCCGCCGGUCAAAACACGAAGCACGUAUAGCGCAUCAGGUGAUUCCACUAGACCAAGUACAAGAUCGUCGGCGAUUACAAAGUCGCGACCUACCACUUCGGGAACACAAAGAGCCGGAACAGCUUCGGGUGCACGUGAUCAGAGGUCCAUGAAGUCACGAGCGAUGACCUCUACUCCAACUCUUGGGAGACCAAUGAUGCGACCAGCUACAGCUGUUGUGAGAACAGGAAAAAGCGUUAAGAUAAUAGCUGAUCUUUAACACUAUCAUCAACUUUUGAUCAGAAAACUUCAAAUGUAAAUAAUAAACUAUCUGAAAAAACUGAAGAUUAACUAAAUUCCUAUUUUAACACAGAAAUUAACACAUUGUGUGGAAAACUGUUUUCAUAUGGAAUUGCAAA